UUGGUUGGUUGUGGUGGCGGUGUAGAUUAUUUGGAGGAUCGGGCGAAAGGAAGUGUGUUGUAUGGAUUUAGGGGAGGUCCGGCUGGGAUCAUGAAGUGCAAAUAUGUUGAAUUGAAUGCUGAUUAUAUCUAUCCUUACAGAAACCAGGUAAAGUUGUGGUUUUUUAUGUUUUUAUUUGAACGUGGGAUUCGGAACGUGAUUUCUGAUUUGGUUGUUACUUCUUUUGAUGGUGAUUUGAAAUGCAAGGAGGUUCCUACCAGUUUUGGAUUUGAUACUGCUUGCAAGAUAUAUGCAGAAAUGAUUGGAAAUGUCAUGGUUGAUGCUCGAUCAACUGGAAAAUAUUAUCACUUUGUCCGGCUUAUGGGACGUGCAGCUUCUCACAUUACAUUGGAGUGUGCCUUGCAAACUCAUCCAAACAUCGCCAUCAUUGGAGAAGAGGUUGCUGCUAAGAAACUGACGCUGAAAAAUGUUACAGAUUACAUCGUAAAUGUAAUCUGUAAACGUUCUGGUCUUGGAUAUAAUUAUGGUGUGAUUCUUAUUCCUGAAGGUUUAAUUGAUUUCAUUCCUGAGGUUCAGCACCUUAUAGCAGAACUGAAUGAGGUUUUGGCCCAUGAUGUCGUAGAUGAAGGUGGGCAAUGGAAAAAGAAACUCACAAAUCAAUCUCUGCAGCUUUUCGAAUUUUUACCACCAGCAAUUCAAGAACAAUUGAUGCUUGAAAGAGAUCCACAUGGAAAUGUCCAGGUUGCCAAAAUUGAGACCGAGAAAAUGCUUAUUCAAAUGGUUGAGACUGAGUUGGAGAAGAGGAAGCAAGAAGGUUCAUACAAAGGCCAUUUCAAAGGACAGUCCCACUUCUUCGGGUAUGAAGGAAGAUGUGGUUUGCCUACAAACUUUGAUUCUACAUACUGCUAUGCUUUGGGCUAUGGUGCAGGAGCUCUCCUUCACAUUGGAAAAACUGGGUUGAUAUCAUCAGUUGGGAAUUUGGGUGCUCCUGUUGCAGAAUGGACAGUUGGAGGGACGGCAUUGACUUCUUUGAUGGAUGUGGAAAGGAGACAUGGUAAAUUCAAGCCUGUGAUCAAGAAGGCGAUGGUAGAGCUUGAAGGUGCACCUUUCAAAAAAUUUGCAUCCCUGAGGGAUGAGUGGGCACUUAAGAAUCGGUACAUCAGUCCUGGUCCCAUCCAAUUCAUGGGCCCAGGAUCAGAUGCCAUUAGCCACACUUUACUAUUAGAAUUGGGAGCUGAUGCUUAGGUGUAUUGAUAGGUGCAAAUUUAUGCUCUUCAGAGAGCUGCAAAGUUCUUGGGACAGGCAUGAGAUCUCUUUUUCUUUUUCUUUUUUUUUGGUUUUCAUUGCUGCUAUCUGAGUUGAGAGUUCUGGCUUUUGUGUUUUUAUUGGAUGAUAAUCCUGGGAAACUCAGUUCUACAUCCAUCAAUUGAACUUGUACGUUUGAACCUUCUGGUUCCUUUCAUAAAUGUGAAUAAUUUUUUGGCUUCGCCAAAAUAGUAGUGAAUCUUUUGGCCCCCAUCUUCACGAUCAUGGUUGUCAUUGAAGAAACACAUGCAUUUAAGAUCAAGUCCUUGCAAUUGUGGCAAAAGAUAAGCUGACAUGAACAUAUGUUCCAAGAACAUUUAUCAUGGCAGGAUUGAUUUUAUGCAAAUGUUAUGUUCAUCUUCAUCCA